AUGAUUAAUGUGUUUAAUAAGAUUAAGCUGAUCAUAUUAGAAUUCCUAUCUAAACACAACAUUAUUCUGAAACAAGCUGAAUCUGUUGCUCUGGAUAAUUAGAUAUCAAUUGUCACCAAAUUGGAUUACUAAUUUAUGACUCCAAAAAAGAAAAAUUUGAACUAACAAUUUACUUCGAUCUCCAUUUCCAAAAGUGAGUAUGUGUCAAGUUAGGAAAUGUUUUCAAAGAUCGAGGAGAGUUCCAAAAAGUCAAUUGAAGAAAACUAUACCAACAAUCUGAUGAAUAUGACAAGUAGUGAAUUAAAACUUCAAUUUGGUGCCGCUGUGCAAUUCAUCCUAAAUCAAAAAUGCAAAAACAAUUAGUUAAACUUCGUAAGUAUUCAUCCAAUCAUAUUUUCAAUUGUCAAUAAUUUCUUUGCAAACUGACCAAACACACAUGUGAUUCAAAAAUAUGAAUGAUCCAUCC